AUGAGUGGAGCUGGUGACGAUGCCAACCCGAAGGUAGCCACCAACUUCACCGCGCUACUUCGAGCGCAGCCGCUGAUGCCAGAGUACCGAGCUCUAGAAAGGAAGAAAUGGAUGGGGUGUGGGUUAUCAAGUGAGGAAGGAGAUUCUGCAAAUAUAUUAUCGAACCGCGACACCGCUGAUUCCGAUAAGGUUACGGAAACAGGCGCGUCAUUCAACAGGUUCGAUACUCCAACUGCUGCUUCGAUUGAUCCUGCGAUUGGAACGAGGAAAGAAGAAGUAUGCUCCAGGGAGAAUUUUGAAGACAAGAGUUCUUUGGAUGGAUCAACGAACAAUAGAGUACGGAGAGUAGCUGGUAUGUCUCUUCGAAAAUCUCGUGCGUUCACAAUUGACACGUCUCGUAGUAACAGUAAUUUACCUGUCGUCUCUUUAUGUGCUAAAAUGCUAGGAUUUCAGGAGUUCCCAGAUGGUCGUGCUGACCAGAUCCCUUGUGACGUAUACUGGCACAGCGCUGCAUUCCCAGACUUGGGUGCAGUUGUUAAAUCAUCGCGUUCUAGAGUCAACAGGUUCCCCGGCAUGACAGAUCUUGCUAAGAAAGUUGCUUUGACUCACGCCAUAUCGUCAAUGCAAAAGAUUUUUCCCACCGACUACGAUUUCUACCCUCAGUCCUUUUUUUUACCGGCACACUACGCCGAAUUAAAGAAAUACUGGCAGAAAACAUUGAUUCGUCGGAAGGAGCAAGGGAUCAAUGAGGAGUUAUUCUUUAUUGUGAAACCUGACAGUGGUUCGCAAGGAAGUGGAAUAUACCUGGUUAACAACCCAAACCAAAUUAAGGACCCCUUUGGUAAGCAGCUGGUACAGGAGUAUGUCUCUUCCCCUUUCCUCAUGAAUGACCAAUUAAAAUUCGACUUUCGAGUGUACGGAGUUAUAAGAAGUAUAAACCCGUUGUCAAUCUACGUCUCAAGAGAAGGAUCCAAACGCCUCCUAUCCACAGUGUUCUCGCAAAUGGCUGCUUGUGGAAUACGACCAAAGAAGCUGUGGCACGAUGUCAAACUCAUUAUUGUAAAGACAGUGCUUGCAAUGCUACCUGAGCUUAUGAUACAGUACGAGAAAACAUUUAGUGGAAAAGAAGGGCCACAAUGCUUCCAAAUUGUUGGAUUCGAUAUAAUCGUGCAAGCAGAUGGCUCUCCUAUAUUGUUAGAAGUGAACGCAUGCCCUUCGCUGACUAUUGAUCAUGGUGGAGCAUCAGGACAAAAUCGACAAAAGAGUGUAGUUGACGAAGUAAUCAAGAUACCUCUUGUAAGGGACACUCUGCUUCUGGUUACGGGUCAACUGCAGGAUACCAGAAUAAGUCCUCCCACAACCGGUGUCUGGAGAUCGACAGAUGACUUAUCCUCUAAGAAGACAAAGGCACAUCUCAGUGAGAUCUUUCCUAACCGAUAUGGUCGGCAAGCAGCAUCGUUACUUUUCUUGGAUAGAGUGGUAUACAUUUUUAUGCAGUAUUCUUCGGCAAAAACAGCAAUACAUGUCUCGCUAUCUGGUAUAAAGAGAUUUGUGAAAGAUUGCGGUUACGAAGGUUUGUUCAUGACUGGUGAGCUAGAGAAAAAGAUCUAUGAUAUUCGUCAGUAUUACGUUGGAGACUGCAACAUUGAGAAAGGGCUUUUUUUUCAUGGUUUUCUCUCGUUUGUGAUUUAUGUGGCUGAGCGUCAAUUUCCUAAGGAAUCUUCUUUGCAAAAACAGCUUCAGAAGCUCUUUGAUGCAGUCACAAAUGCUCUUCGUAAUAAGGGUGUACGCUCAAGACGUUUACGCCGCGAGGAACUCGAAUCUAAUUCUGGAAGAGAAAGGAAAAUUUAUCUUCUCCCCUCUCGUGUCCGUAUUGACAAACAUCGAUCGAAGUCGUGUGAACCGCUCAAAAUUGCCGCUUCAUCUGCUGAGAGGAAGGCUGAUCGCAAUAACAAUAAAGAAAAUUUCCCGAUGCUACCACCCAUCCAGAAGCCAAAAAUUUCCGAGAUCGGUGUCAUGUUUCGCUAUAAGUACUUAGUAGUACUUAUGAUCAUCUAUUAUAACGGUGCCUUUGUUCAAGCCGGUGAUUCCCAGAGCAAGAUCACCGACAUCCUUAAUCACUUGGUGCAAAUAGAUAGCCGACUUGAUGAGGACACUUCUAUAAACUACCAGAACAUGGCUUCCCACAAAGACUUCAGCCACGACAAUGCACCCAAACCGCUUUACACAUUUGUAGCUCAAAGUGCGCUAAGUGGCCCGACAUAUGAAGCGUUGGACACCCUCCUAACAUUCUACAACAACCCUGAUUCGGACACUGCGGAAAUAAUGACGCCUGCAUGGAACACAUCGAUCAAUGCAUUCCUUGACAGCGUCGUGAAAACACCAGUUAUGCAAAGUGCGCAGAGUUUUCUGGAAGAAAUGGGGCAUCCACACUGUUGGCCAGCUGGCGAAAUUGCUACAAUGGCAGUGAUGGUUUACUUGAAAACGAUGACGUCCGAUCACCUUUAUUUCUGCUACACCCAAGCUAGCCAGAAAAGCCAAACGUUCAAUGGAUUCGAAGCAUUAUUUGCUGGUGAAGUUCAACAAGGUAGCGUAAUCCGUUUUGCUAACUGGAUCCGUUUCUAUCAUCAGGAAAGCGAUGGCAAUCUCAACUAUCACGGAUGGUUCCAGCGGGCGAUUGAAGUAGAGCUAUCGGUCCAGUUUGCCUGGAACAGCUGGAAAGCCAUGGAAUUCUCAAUGCUGCUCAACACAUCACCAGAGUUCGAACUUGCUGCAUACACCAUCUGCGCACUGACUGAUGGUCAAAUUGACGAAUGUUACCCGGUUGUGGCCUCAGGCAGCGCAACGCGUAUGCCAACACUCGCAACGACGCGGGAAAAAGCUAGUGAUGCAAACUUCCAGAACCUUGUUAAUAAAAUGCGAGCUGCCGAUAUUGACAAGGCUGCCUCAACAGAUUACAGGCUUGACUGGGGUAAUAAGGAGACAGGAACUUCCGAUGACAGCAAGAAUGACCUCUUCGCUUAUGUGAACGAAACGAUCUAUCAGCGACCAGUCUACGCGCAUCUGAUCGCUGUUGUUGAGGGCAACCUUUUCGUACCCGACGGGAAUGGAACGGCGGGACAGUUGAUGGACAGCAUAGUUGGGUUACUUACUAUAACCUCCAGAAGGCCAGCAAGAUCAACUAUCACGGAUACUACACAUACGUCACACAUCAUCCAAGCGGAACGAAUGCUGACCGAAUUCGACGAAACAUGUGGAUGCAUCGGUCUUCAGCUGAAACUACAAAAGACGAUGUUCAUGCGGAACGGAUGGGUCUCGGAUGUCCCAUUCACCCCCAAUGGAACGAACAUAUCCGAAUGCACCAGCUACGUUUAUCUGGGUCGAGAACUCAAGAUGAUGAACGACCUGACCCCCGAGCUGGGCAGGAGGAGACGAGCGGCUUGGGGAGCAUACAAGAGCAUCGAGGAUGUAGUAAAGAAGACCAGGAACACCCGGCUCGGUGCUCACCUCUUCAACACCACCGUACUUCCUGCUUUGACCUAUGCUUCGGAAACCUGGGCAUUUCGCAAGCAGGAAGAGAACGCGAAUCUUACCGGCACAUUCCAAUACACUUGGGGUGACGAGCUGAAGAAGAAGGGUGGAUUCCUAAUCGGAACUUCACCAGACAUGAGAGAAAGCCGCAAGGAAAGCAAAUAUCCGAAACCAUCAUCGAUUGGAUUCUCGACGCUUCGCCGGUCGGCUUGUAGAUCUUUACGACUGUAG